AUGAUCAUGAGAGGACUACACCCGCUUUGCCGCUGCUCGAAAUACACACGUGGUGCUGCUGCCGUCGGCGGCGGCGGCGGCGGCGGCGGCGGCGGCGCGAAGAAGAAGAAGCUGCAGGACGCCACGAACGACGAGCUUAUGUCUCUGGUGAGGCACCACUCUUCAAGGCUCAAGAUCGUGGAGGAAGAGUACAGCAAGCUCAAGCAGAAGUACAUUGGCACGUUUAACGAACACGCCGAUCAGCAGAAGACAGUUCAAGAGCUUCGACUGGCGAUGCAACAGCAGGCCACAUCGUCUGAAGCUGAUGGAGGUGGCACGGCGACGGCAGCUGCGGCGCAGCAGCUGGAACGGGCGUUUGAAGAGCGCAAGGCGGCUCAGGAGGGCGUGAAGGAGAUGGCCAAGCGCUACUCGGCUCUGCAGGAGAAGUUCAGGCAAGAAGGUGUGGUCUUGAUCGCCAAGUACAAGGAGGCCCAGGGUGUCAUCAAGGGCCUGCAGGAACAGGUGCAGGAGCUUCAGGACCAUAAACCCCCGGACGCAGACGCAGACGGCGAUGGCGCCAAGGGCGGUGCCGACCCGGCGUUCGGCGCAACCAUCGCAGCUCUGCAGACCCAGCUCCGAGAGGUCACCGAGGAGAAAAACGAAGCGGUGCAGCGGGCGGAGGCGGCGGCGGCGGCGGCGGCGGCCGCAGCGCAACAGGAGAAAGGGCAAGACGCUGCUGGUGGCGCAGAUGACCCGGACUUCGGCGCGACGAUCGCCGCCCUGCAGACCCAGCUCCGAGAGGUCACCCAAGAGAGGGACGAAGCUUUCCAGAGGGCGGAGGCGGCAGUGGCGCGCGAGGGUGGUGUUGUUGCCGGCGGGGGCGGGGGCGGCGGCGGCGAGGAUAGUGUUGCGGCGGUGGCCAAGGAAAAGCUGGAGGAGCAGGAGAAGGCCCACCAGGAGGCUCUUGCCGAGAAGCAGUCGCAAAACGAGCAGCUCGUCCAGAAGGUGCGCCAGCUGCUGACCACGUGCCGCUCCCUCAAGGACCAAGUGGCGGCGGCGGCGGCGACGGGAGGCGGCGGCGCUACUGCUGCUGCUGCUGCUGCUGCUGCUGCUGCUGCUGCCGCUGCUGCUGGUACUGCGCAAGUAGGGGAAAAAGAAGGCGGUGGCCUCCAGGCCCAGCUCGACCUCAAGCAAGCGGAGAACGACAAGCUCAUGGCCCGGCUGCGGGAUCUAGCUCAACGGUACCGGGCGCUCCAGCAGGAGCACCAGCGGCCGGCAGGCGGCGAGGAGGGCGGCGGCGACGGUGGCGGGGGUGCGGCUACGGCCGCGGUGGUUCCCUCCGACGUCGCCGAGCAGCUCGGGGACGCCGAGCGGCGAGUUACCGCCGCCGACGAGAGGGCGGCGGAGCUAGCCCGCCGCUGCGAGGAGGCCGAGGCGGAGCACCGGCGUGCCUCGGAGUCCCUGAAGGAGGCGGUGGAGCGCCUGGCAGCGCUCGAUGCUACCGCCGCCGCUGGGGGAGGAGAAAGAAUGGAGGAGACCGUGGCUGCUCUUGAGGCCAGGGUCGCAAGCCUCGCCGGCGAGCUGAAGGCGUCCAGGGAGGAGAAAGAGGACGUUUCGACGCAGCUCGAGGCCAAGACUGCGGACUUCGAGAAAAUGGUGGGAUACUUGUUUUUUUUGCUGUCCUUGGCGCAGGCCGAAGGCUCGGCUUCGGAGCUCGCCGCCGCGCGCGCCGGGGAGGAAGAACGCCUCGCGGAAGCGGCCGCCGCCGCCGCCGCCCGGCUCGCCGAGCUCCAAGCGACCGCCGACGCCGCUGCCGCGGAAGCCCAGGGCCGGAUCGCCGAGCUCGAGGAGCGGCGGGGUGGAGAGGAGGAGGAGGUGGCCGCCAGCCUGCGGCGGGCGGAGGAGGAGCUGAAGCGCCUGCGCGGGGCGGAGAAGGAACUCUCGGGCGACCUGGAGGCGUCCCGGGCGCUCGAGCGCGAGGCCCGGAACGAGGUGGUGGCGCAGCAGGCCGAGCUCGAGGCCUGCAAGGCAGAGCUGGAGGGCAAGGCGCGCGGCCUGGAGGAAGCGGAGGGGGCCUUGAGGGCUGCCGAGACUGCCGCUGAGGAGAGGCUGGCGACUCUGGCGGCGGAGGCGUCGGCCCUCCGGGAGCAGCUGUCGGAGGCGACGGCGGCGGCGGAGGGAGCGGCGGCUGCGGCCGGUGCCGAGGUAAGAAGUCUCCGGGAGGAGGCCGAGGGUCUCCGGGCGGAGGCGGUCGCGGCGCGGGGAAAGAACGAGGAGGGGGCGCGCGAGGCGGAAGAGAAGCUGGCCGAAUCGCGGGCGCAGUUGGAGGCGGCCAAGGCAGUCGCCGAGGACAGUCUAGCAGCUCUUGACCAGGAGCGCGAAGCCCUCGCCGACGAGUGCAAGGCGGCCCAGGGUCGGGAGGAAGAAGCCCGAGGAGAAAUCGGCCGUCUCGAGGCCCAGCUCGAGGGGGCCGCGAGGGGAGAGUCGGAGCAUGUGGCGGCCCUGCAAGCGCAGCUGGCGGGGGUGCAGGAGGCGGCGCGGGUGGCUGUGGAGGAGAUGACGAGGAAGCACGAGGGGGAGCUGGAGUCUGCGAGGGCGGAGGCGGAAUCCCUUAAGGAACAGCUCUCGGAGGCGACGGCGGCUGCGGAUAGCGCGGCAGCGGAGGCCGGUGCGGAGGUCGCGCGUCUCCGAGAGGAGGGGGAGAGCCUCCGGGCGGAGGCAUCGGGGGCCGAGGGCAAGCACGCGGAAGAGAUGCGCGAGGCGGAGGAGAAGCUAGCCGAGGUGCAGUCGCAGGUGGAGGCGGCCAAGGCAGCCGCCGAGGACAGUCUAGUAGCUCUUGACCAGGAGCGCGAAGCCCUCGCCGACGAGCGAAAGGCGGCCCAGGGUCGGGAGGAAGAAGCCCGAGGAGAAAUCGACCGUCUCGAGGCCCAGCUCGAGGGGGCCGCGAAGGGAGAGUCGGAGCAUGUGGCGGCCCUGCAAGCGCAGCUGGCGGGGGUGCAGGAGGCGGCGCGGCUGGCGGGGGCGCAGGAGGCGUCGCAGGCGGCUGUGGAGGCGAUGACGAGGAAGUACGAGGGGGAGCUGGAGUCUGCGAGGGCGGAGGCGGAAUCCCUCAAGGAACAGCUCUCGGAGGCGACGGCGGCUGUGGAUAGCGCGGCAGCGGAGGCCGGUGCGGAGGUCGCGCGUCUCCGAGAGGAGGGGGAGAGCCUCCGGGCGGAGGCAUCGGGGGCCGAGGGCAAGCACGCGGAAGAGAUGCGCGAGGCGGAGGAGAAGCUAGCCGAGGUGCAGGCGCAGUUGGAGGCGGCCAAGGCAGCCGCCGAGGACAGUCUAGCAGCUCUUGACCAGGAGCGUGAAGCCUUCGCCGACGAGUGCAAGGCGGCCCAGGGUCGGGAGGAAGAAGCCCGAGGAGAAAUCGGCCGUCUCGAGGCCCAGCUCGAGGGGGCCGCGAAGGGAGAGUCGGAGCAUGUGGCGGCCCUGCAAGCGCAGCUGGCGGGGGUGCAGGAGGCGGCGCGGGUGGCUGUGGAGGAGAUGACGAGGAAGCACGAGGGGGAGCUGGAGUCUGCGAGGCUGGCGGGGGUGCAGGAGGCGGCGCGGGUGGCUGUGGAGGAGAUGACGAGGAAGCACGAGGGGGAGCUGGAGUCUGCGAGGGCGGAGGCGGAAUCCCUCAAGGAACAGCUCUCGGAGGCGACGGCGGCUGCGGAUAGCGCGGCAGCGGAGGCCGGUGCGGAGGUCGCGCGUCUCCGAGAGGAGGGGGAGAGCCUCCGGGCGGAGGCAUCGGGGGCCGAGGGCAAGCACGCGGAAGAGAUGCGCGAGGCGGAGGAGAAGCUAGCCGAGGUGCAGUCGCAGUUGGAGGCGGCCAAGGCAGCUGCCGAGGACAGCCUAGCAGAUCUUGACCAGGAGCGCGAAGCCCUCGCCGACGAAUGCAAGGCGGCCCAGGGUCGGGAGGAAGAAGCCCGAGGAGAAAUCGGCCGUCUCGAGGCCCAGCUCGAGGGGGCCGCGAGGGGCGAGUCGGAGCACGUGGCGGCCCUACAAGCGCAGCUGGCGGAGGCGCAGGAGGCGGCGCGGGCGGCUGCGGAGGAGAUGACGAGGAAGCACGAGGAGGAGGUGGGGGCGGUGAGGAAGAGGCUGGAAGAGGCGACCGCACGCUCGGAAGAGGUCAAGGAGAAGCUGGAGCACGAUUUGAAGGACGCGGAGGACAAGGCCCCAUCGGCGCUGGAGUCGUUCAAGGAGCAGCUCGCGGAAGCGCUGGCCGCGCAGUCGGCUGCAGACAACGCCGCAGCGGAGGCCGGUGCCGAGGUCGCGCGUCUCCGAGAGGAGGGGGAGAGUCUUCGGGCGGAGGCGUUGGGGGCCCAGGAAAAGCGCGCGGAAGAGAUGCGCGAGGCGGAGGAAAAGCUGACCGAGGCGCAGGCUCAGGUUGCCGCCAUGACGGCUUCCCUGAAGGCCGCGGAGGAGAGGGAGGACGAGCUCCACGGCGGGAGGGUGGCCGUCGAGCAGCACCUGGAGGGCCAGCUGAAGCAGCACCGCGAGGAGGCCAGGAGACAGGCGGAGGAGCUGAGGGUCGAGAAGGAAGCGCUGGCGGCGGAGCUGUCGGACCUCAGGGAGUCCCACGCCCGCCUCGAGGCCCGCGCAGUCGAGCUCGACGCUGCCUCCAAGGCGGCCAUCGCCAGGACCGGCGAGCUCGUGGCGGAGCUGGAAGCCGCCGAGACGGAGUUGGAGGCGAAAACCCGAGAGUUGGAGGCCGGGAAGGCGUCGGCGGCCGAAACGGAGACGGCCUCCGAGGAGCUGCGGGCAGCCCGCGCGGCGGCGGACGAGCUCCGGCUCAAGCUGGAGGAGGCGGAGGGCGCCGCCAGGAGCGCGGCCGAACGGCUGGAGGGGAAGACGGCCGAGCUGGACGGCGUGAGGGAGGAGGCGGCCGCGCUGGGGGCCCGGGCGGUCGCCGUGGAGCGGGAGGCCGAGGCGACGGCGACCGGGCUGCGGGCGGAGCUCGCCGCCGCCGCGGCCGGUGCCGAAGACGCUCGGGCCGCCCUCGCCGAGGAGGUCGACGGCGCCAGGGAGCGGCUGGAAGCGGCGCUCUCGAGGGCGGAGCAGGCGGAGGCCGAGCUCGUCUCGGCUAAGGAGGCCGCCGCGCGGGAGACGGCUUCGCUUCGAGAAGAGGCUGCCAGCGCUAGGGAGGGCGAGGCGGGCGCGAAAGCCCGCGCCGCGGUGGACGCACAGCAGGCCGCGUCCGCUAGGGAGGUCCUCGUCGGCGAGAUGGAGAAGGUCAGGACGGCGCUGGCGGAGGCCGAGGGUAAGGUCGAGCGGCUCGUCGCCCAGGCGGAGUCCUCGCGGCAGGGGGCGUCCGCGGAAGUGGAGACUCUACGCGGGCAGGUCGAAGCGGCGGAGGAGGCGAGAGCCGCCGCGGCGGAGAGGGCGUCUGCUGCGGAAGCGGAGGCGGCGGGGAGGGCGGAACUGCUGUCGGCCCGGCUGGCGGAGGAGACGGCGGCGGUGGCGGCAGCAGUGGCGGCCGCGGAGGAAGCGGCCGGAGCGAGAGACGCCGCGGAGGCCAGGGUCGCCGAGAUCUCGCAGGAGCUCGCGGCUCAGGGGCAGGAAGCCGGCGCUGCCGAGGCGGAGAGAGCGCGCGAGGCUACCGAGAUGGGCGAGAUGGUUAAGAGGCUGGAGCGGGAGCUCGAGGCCGCGCGGAGGGCGGCAGAGGAAGCCGAGUCGAGGGCCGGGGCCGCGGUUCCUGAGGCGGACGCGCUCCGACAGAGGGCGGAGGGUGCGGAAGCUGCCGCUGAGAAGCUGAAGGAAAAGAUCCAGACCCUCGUGGGCAUGUGCAAGAAGAUCAAGGCCAGCAAGCAGGAGGGCGAGGAAGAAGCAGCCGCCGCCGCCGCCGCCGCUGCCGCUCGGGUCGCCGGCCUCGAGAACGACCUCACGGCCGUCAGGGAAGAGGUGGAACGCCUCCGCGAGCAGGCUGCAGGAGAGCAGGCCAGGCACGAGAACGAGCGGCGUGAGAUGGAGGAGAAGCUCGCCGAAGCGCUGGCACAGGGGGAUUGCAGGAUGGCAGUGGAGCAGCACCUCGAGGCCCAGCUCAAGCAGCACGACCAGGAGGCGAGGCGACAGGCCGCGGAGCUCAGGUCUGAGAAGGAAAGGGCCGACGAGGAGCACGCCGCCGAGGUGGGCCGCCUCCGCGGCGAGCUCGAGGCCGCCGCCGCUGAGAUGGCCGACCUGGCGGCGAGGCUGGACGAAGCGAAGGCGAGGGUCGUCGAGGUCGAGGCGCAGAAGGAGACCGCGGAGGCCGCGGCGGCGGCGGCCGCGGCGGAGGCGGAGUCGCAGCGGGAGGAGCUGGUGCUGGCGCAGGCGACCGGCCGGCAGAAGCUGGAGGAGGCCGAGACCGCUGCUGUGGCGGCCGUUGCGGAGGAGGCCGCCGCCGACCGCACCAUCAAGGAGCUGGAAGAGAGGCUGGGGCUGCUGGAGGAGAAGCUGAAGGAGGCGGAGGAGGAGGGGCAGAGAAAGGCGCAAGAGCUGUCCAACGCCCUGGAAGAGGCCACGGCGGGGAGAACAGAGCUUGUUGAUAAGUGCAGGGAGAUGGCAGAUGGCAAGGAGGAGAUGGAGCAAAGGCUGCAGAAGCUGGCGGAGGAGACCAAGACAGAAUUGGAGCGGCGCGACCAGGAGCUGGCAGCCGCACAGGCAAGCCUUUCUCAGCUGCGAAGCGAAGCAGAAGAGUUGAAGGCGGCGGAGCAGGCGGCGAGUGCUCGUAGCGAGAACGUCACGGGCAAGCUCAAGGAGCUGAUUCCACGCUACAAGGAGCUUCGUGACUCCGCGAGAAAGUCCGACGAGAACGCCAAGCGGUCCGAGGCGGCCGCAAGCGCCGCCGGGGAGCUGGUCCGCCAGCUCAGGCAAGAGCUCGAAAGUGCGCGCGAGGAGGUAGCGACGACUCGCAGCGCCGUCGAGGCCGGCGACGGGCGUGUCGUGUCCCUCUCGGAGGAGGUGCAGGCGCUACGGGCAUCGCGCAACGGGCUGGACCGGAGGCGGGUGGAGCUGCAGCUGGAGCUGGCGGGGGAGAAGCUGAAGAACGCGUUCGGGGUGGGGGGUCGGUCCGGGCUGGGGCUUGGGCUGGGGCCGGAGUUCGGGGCCGACCUGGGCGUGGCGGGGGAGGUGUUCCAGAGGUGGCGCCUGGCGUUCUUGGAGGGGAGGCAGGGGACCAUGAAGAGCGAGUCGGAGGAGAACCGGGGGAAAGCAGAGAGCUACGAGAGCCUCGUGCAGCGGCUGAGCGAGGAGCUGGAGCGCCAGGGCGAGGUCGUCAACAGGUACGCGAGCUUGCUUCUCGAGAGGGAGGAGCAGCUGGACGCGGCCCUCGACCGGGCGGCCAGGGCCCACGAUGAGCUCAUCUCCAUGGAGCCGCCGAGCCUGUCGCAGGCAGUCGAUGGCGUGAAGAUCCUCCUAAGGGUUUCCACUACUGCGGCGGCCGGAGAGCAAUCGGCGGUGACGGGAGAUGAUGCUCCUGCUGCUGCGGUUGCUGCCGGAGGCGAAGCCGAUGCCGCGCCGCAGGUGUGGUGCCUAGUCCGUUAUGCUAUCGCUUCUUCUUCGUCUGGCAAGCGCCGCGGCACGGUGACCGGGCGGGAAGAGGAGGAGGAGGAAGCGGACACGGCAAGUGCAGAGAAAAGUCAGCCGCAGCAACGGGGACGGGAAGAGGAGGAAACUGGAGGUACCCCGCGGGGGAACGUGUCCAGCAGUGGAAACGACCAGCCGGUGGAAGGAGAGGAAGGGGAGCAGCAGCCUGCCGCUUCAGCGCCGACAAGCCCAGCCUCACCUCAGAAAGACGCUCCCGCCACGGAUGACGGGGCAGCCGCUGCGGCAGAGGACGCUCAGUCGUCAUCGAACGACCCCGUCCGCGAAGGGGCCGAGGACGAUGAGAGUGGAGGGGAGGAGGAGGAGGAGGAGGAGGAGGAGGAGGACGGGAGCGAGACGGGUACAGCCGCUCGUGAUGAAAAUGUCGUGGCUAGCGGUAACAACGACGACGAUGACACGGUGGAGGUGGUCGAGUGGCGGACACAAGAAGAUGUGGACGAAUGGUUCGCUGCACAGGUCGCCCGCGCCAUAGAGGUGGCCGAUGAACAACAACAAGCGGCCAGCGGCGGUGGCGGUGUUGACGGAGGGCCCGCCGCCGGCGCGAUGGACACAACGGUGGUUAACGCGCAAGCCCCGGUCGCGGUGGCCCCGGUUUUGCCGGUGCUGGAGACCCCGAUGACGCUGCAGCAGUCGUUCGGCGCGGAGCUUUCGCGCGUCAGGGGUGACCUGGAGGCCAAGCUGGAAGAGGCGCGCGCCGAGCUCACGAGGAACACGGAGGCGUACAAGCAGUACCGCGCGCGGGCACACACGGCCAUCAAGAACAGUGGGGCCUCGCAGAGGGACACGGAGGCCCGCAUCGCGCAGGCGCACAAGGAGCUGGCCGCCGAGCAAGAAGCCAUGCGCAGAGCCCACGAGGACCGCACAGCGGCGGAGGCUCGCUGGGCUGAAGAGUCGGCAGUCCUAAAGCAGCAGAUAGCCGAGCUCGAGGCCCGGGUCAAGACAGCAGCAGCGCGCACCGCGGAGGUCGAGGCAAACAUCGCCGGCUCCGUGGAGGAAGGCGUCAGGGCCGCCAAGGAAGAGACCGCCGAGGCGCGGCGGCUGGAGGAGGAAGGGGCCAAGGCCGCCGGCGAGUUGAGGGAGGCGCUCGCCGCGGCCCGCUCGGACCUGGACAAGACCAAGCGCGAACUCAAGCAGAGGGGACAGCUGGCCCGAAACCUCCUGGCCGAGAAGGACGCGGAGAUCAACCGGCUGCGGUCUGGGGAGGCGGGCGGCGGCCUGAUGCACCUGCACGCGAACGGCGACGGUGGUGCAGUAGGUGCCGCGUCGGGGUCGGCGGUCGACGGUACCGCCCUGUCAUCAUCGCCGCCGCCGCCGCAGCAGCAGCAGCCUACCGCCGGCUCGCCUGGCGGCGGCUCCCCUCCCGUGACCGGCGCGUCAUCGAACGGAGCAGGGGGGGGGGGGGGGGGGGGCACCGCCCCCGGGGCCGUCGGAGGCGUGAGCGCGGCCAGCAGCCCCGACUUUGCUGUCGUCGUUGGAUCCGACGGGUUUGCCACCGGGAGGAGAAGGCUACAGAGCGGUGGUGGUGGAACGGGCGGCGGCGGCGGCGGCGGCGGCGGCGCGGGGGGGUCCAAGCAGCCACAGCAGACGGCCGCGGAGUCCCACCACGCCGAGCAGCAGAUCCUUCAGAUGGCCAGGGUCCAGGCGCAGCGGGACGAGGAGACCGGGCGGCUCCGCGUCAAGAUCAAGAGGCUGGCGGACGAAAUCCGCGCCCGCGAGGAGGAGCUGGCGGCCCGCGACGAGGAGAAGGAAGGGCUCAGGAAGCGAGUGGAGGACCUCCAGGGGGAGGCUGCGAGGGCAAAGGAGCUCCUCGACGACGCCACCGGGCCGGAGAAGAUGACGUACCUCAAGAACGUCGUCAAGAGGUUCGUAAUGAGCGACGGGACGGAGCGGCAGCGGCUGGUGCCGGUCGUCGCGACCAUCCUGAGCUUCAGCCCGGCGGAGACUAGCGAGGUCGGCAAGGCCGUCGCCGCGGCCGCCGCCGGGGGCGCGACCUCCUGGGGGUCUGUCUUCGGGUGACCACUUUUGCUAUCUCGGCCGAAAAGAACAGCCGGCAAUGGCUGUUCAUUGGUGUACCCAGCGGUUUCAUGCCUCUUGUUGCGAUGUUCGGUAUUUUUGGCAACCCGCGGAUUAAACCCCGUGGACGCGCGGGGCAUUUCCGUUAUGCUGUUGGCGUUUUACUGUCCGAAUUACUGGUGCUUGGUGGUGUACGGGUUCUUGUGUGUCCUUGACGCCGGCGUGUGUGACGGGGUAAGGCCUGGACCGGCCCGCCCCCAGUGUGCCUCCUUUACUCUGAUGUCAUUAGUUUGCGCGGAUGGCUCACCCUGAUCGCAGAAACCUUGAGAGCUUUCUUGCUGCAUUCUCUCGGUGUUGCUGUAGAGCAUUCCAGGCAAAUGUCUCUACAAGGUCGGCAUUGUCAAUCAUGCGGUUGAAAGGCGGGACGAGGCAAGGGACUAAAUGGCGCCCUGCGCACUACCCAAAAGAUAGAUGUGGAAAUAUCAGUUGUUUUAUGCUCGGUUGUGAAGGAAUGUCUUUCGCGAGUCACCCUUCAACGCAAAAUGAUAUUUUGCUCUGCCGGGUAAUGGUGUAGGCGAACAAUGGUGGAGCUGGCGUUUAAGACUAACCCUAAAGGUUAGUCCCGUAAGUUUUUUGGUUGAGAUGUGCACUAAAUAGACUAGUAAACUUUGUAUUACCCAAGAAUGAUGGCGGAAAGCUGGGUAUUUCGUGUUUGUUUCAGAGAGUCCCCAGAAGUCUCAGGAUACGGCCAAUCUGUCAAGCAAAUGAAUGGACUAAUAAAAUGAGGG